CUUCAUUCUUUCUAAUUAUUUAUUCAUUCGUCAUUCUACAACCUUUGGUCGCAUUGCAAAGUACAGGUAUCUACACCUGUACAUAUGAACCAUGGGGAAAGGUACGGACAAGCUAUAUAUCACACAUUCCGAGUGGUCCUCUUCCGACGCAUAUUCCGCGAGUACAGGCUCACGAACUGGUGCUAACGGCGCAUCUUUUCGACGACUACCAUUCAACUUUUGCGCCGCCAGUCUUCAACCCUUCAAAAACCCUGUUUGCACCUCCGACGGAACAAUAUUCGAUGUCGAGGUCAUAUCGAAAUGGCUCGAGAAUCACGAUACCAAUCCCGUAAAUGGGGAGCCCCUUGCGGCACGCGACCUGAUUAAGCUCAAUUUUGCGCGCAAUGCAGACGCCGAUACGAAAGGAGCAGAUGGCCUAGGGAGUGAUGGGAAGGGAGAUUUAAUCGAUCCCGUCACCUUCAAAGUGUUCACCGAUAAUACUCAUAUCGUUGCGAUCCGACAUGGGACAUAUGCGAACGUUUUUGCUUGGGAAACGGUCGAGAGAAUGAAUAUCAAGGCGAAAAUGUGGCGAGAUCUAGUUGACGAUGCGGAAUUUGGUCGCUCGGAUAUUAUCACGCUUCAAGAUCCACAGAACGCUGCAAGCCGAGACUUAAGCCAAUUCCAACAUCUAAAGGACGGCGGAGAUGCACUCUUAACGAAAGAACAAGAGGAAGAGAGGAAAGAAGGCAAUGUUAAUAUUAAUGCUUUGGGCAGGGUAGGCGACAAGGUCUUAAGAGCGAAGGAAGCCGUUGAGAAGGCCAGGAAGGAGCGUGAGGCUCGUGGUGACGUCAAUCGUUCAUCCAAGGCGGUCACAAAGGCCGGGACAGCCAACCCUGUCCGGACAUCGAUGAUCCAGGACAAGAAACCAGCCUAUAAUGCGGCGGCGUAUACAACAGGUAGAGCAGCUGCGAGUUUCACCAGUACAGGAUUGACUCCUGAAACCAGUGGCGAGCGAGCUACACUCACAGAUGAGGAAUAUAUGUUAAAACCGAAGAGGGUCAAGAUAAAAGGCUACGCACGAAUCGAGACCAAUCUCGGAGAUUUAAAUAUCGAACUACAGACUGAGUACGCGCCGAGGGCAGUCUGGAAUUUCACGCGACUAGCCCAAAAGGGAUACUACAAGGGCGUCGCAUUCCACCGUAACAUCAAGAACUUCAUGAUCCAAGGUGGCGACCCGUCAGGUACCGGACGAGGGGGCACCAGUAUAUGGGGCAAGAAUUUCCAAGAUGAAUUCGACGGACCCCUAACCCAUGACACCCGCGGGAUACUGAGUAUGGCGAAUAAGGGGAAGAACACAAAUUCAAGCCAAUUCUUUAUCACAUACCGAGCUGUCAAGCACCUCGACCGCAAACACACGAUCUUUGGAAAGGUUGUAGGUGGUACAGAAGUCCUCAGUAAAAUGGAAGCCGCGCCCACAGACGGCUCAGACAGACCCCUAAAUAAAAUCGUCAUCAAAGACGUAGUCGUGUACCUCGACCCCUUCGACGAGUUCCUCAAGCAAAAAGCUGAGCGCGAUAAAGUCGCCGAAGCGAAAGAGUUAGUGGAGCGCUCGGGAGGAACAGAGGACGAUCGUAUGACGUGGACGGGCAAACGGGUCCGGCCGGACGGCACGGUGGAUCGCGGGACCGGUGCUGGAGGGAAGAAUGUGGGGAAAUAUCUCCAAGCUGCGAUGAAAUCACGGCAGGGUGUUGAGGAAGAUGAGAUUAUUGAAGAGGAUAUGGAUACUUGGGAUGAGCCGGUUAAGAAAAAACCGAAGGUUGGUGGGUUUGGAAAUUUUGAUAGUUGGUAGAGAUAGGGGGACUUCGUUGCAUUGCGUGGCGUUUGGCGAUACCCGGAGAUAUUAGGUACUACUAUUUAAUUAUACAAAAAGGGCUCUUUUUUUAUACGCCAUGGGAAUAUACGACCAGGAGUCGUUAGACUCAAGACCUCGUCCCACAAAUU